AUUUGGCUUGUUGCUGUUCGUAUUUUGAACGUGAACCACACACCCCACAUGAACCUCACGAUCAAAACAAAAUGUUUGUUUUAACAGAGUUGAAAGAUGUUGUUAAAAUUCCACCAUGGAAGUUCAAGAGAAAAUUCAACGAUGCUAUUGCUGAUGAAUUGAAUCGAAAACUUGCGAACAAGGUGUAUUUGAAUGUAGGAUUAUGUAUAGCACUUCACGAUAUUCUAAAAAUUGAAGAAUCAUUCAUCUUCCCUGGAGAUGGCUCAUCACACACUAAAGUCUCGUUCAGGUUCAUCGUUUUUCGACCUUUCAUGGAGGAAAUACUCAUUGGAAAAAUAAGAAGUUGCAGUCCAGAUGGUGUGCAUGUUACCCUAGGAUUUUUCGAAGACAUCAUAAUCCCUCCCCACAAAUUGCAGUAUCCCUCGAGGUUCGACCAGACCGAGCAGGCUUGGGUUUGGGAAUAUGACACUGGAGAUGGUGAAAGGCAUGAUCUUUUCAUGGAUGCAAACGAGAUAAUCAGAUUCCGAGUUGUCAAAGAGGAAUUCGUCGAGACUCUGCCUUCAGCCCCAACAGUCGCUGGGGAAAAUCCAGAGGCUCCAGAAAAUAAAACCGUUUCACCUUAUACGUUAGGGGCAGCUAUCGAUGAAGCUGGUUUAGGCUUAAUUUCCUGGUGGGAGAACAGCUGAAAGAGGAGUACAAAUGAGAAUGCCACAACUCAUGUUCCAAAGGAAGUGAGAAAAUAAAAGAAAGGUAAAGAGAGCUAAGAAAGUACGACUAAUUGAACUUUAUGGACAACAUUCCUUUUAUUCCCCCAUUGCCAGUUAAACUUUGAGUUCAACUCUUAAUUCUAGAAAAAUCUAACCCAUAGGAUCACAAAACACUGUGAAUUCAUUAAAUAUUAUUAAAUAUGUGAUGUGGUAAUCUUUAUUUCUGCCUUUUGAUUAAAUGUGUCGCAUUAUUAUUUGUACAAUAUAU